ACUUUGAUUGUGGGCCUAUCGAUGGCUGAGAUUUGCUCUGCCUAUCCUACUUCUGGUGGGCUCUAUUUCUGGAGUGCCAAGCUCUGUGGAAACGAUUGGGGCCCAAUUGCUUCUUGGUUCACUGGCUGUAACUACAAGGGCCACGCCAUCAAUGAGGCUUUUAUGUAUUUGGGUCCAUCUCAAUAUGUUUGAUUCGGUACAGUCAAAGAUUCAGAUUUUCGCUCCUCUCACUUGUCUUUAUGGGCACGCAUUUUCAAGAAUUAAAAAAAAAACAGAUCUUGAUUCUUGAAGAUUUUAUUAUUAAAAAACGAAAAAUUUAUUUAGCACGACUAGAAUCAUGGAGGAGGCAUGAACAUGGAGAACAAACAAGGCAAGUCUCUUGAUCACUGCUCUGAAGCCCAAAAUUGACAACUUGUGGCUAGUAGCAACUGGCAAGCUAUAAACUACAAGAAAGCCAUCUCUUCUCCUUUUAUAAGAAAGCCAUCUCUUCUCUCUGUACACUGCACCAAGAAAGGUGGGGACUAGGGAGGGUAGAAAGAGCAACGUUUUGUUUGAUUGACCCAAAGAGGGUUCGUAUUCUGAUAUUUAGGGUCGUGAGAUGGCUUGGAAUGGUGAAAAAAUGAGGCCUCCAGUAUGUCAUACAACAACCAGUAACGUUGCUAAGGAUUCUGGCAAUGCCCGGCUCAAUGAACUUGGUUACAAGCAAGAGCUUAGACGUGAUCUCUCGAUGUUGUCAAAUUUUGCUUUCUCGUUUUCGAUUAUAUCAGUUCUUACUGGUAUAACCACUCUGUAUAAUACAGGGUUGAACUUUGGUGGACCAAUUUCAUUGGUUUAUGGUUGGCUUAUUGCUGGCAUGUUCACUUUGUUUGUUGGAUUUUCCAUGGCUGAGAUUUGUUCGUCUUAUCCAACUUCUGGUGGUCUUUACUAUUGGAGUGCAAAGCUUGCUGGCCCAAAAUGGGCACCUUUUGCCUCUUGGAUGACUGGCUGGUUUAACAUUGUUGGCCAGUGGGCUGUCACAACCAGUGUAGAUUUCUCACUAGCACAGAUGCUUCAGGUGAUCAUUCUCCUUAGCACAGGAGGGAAAAGUGGUGGUGGAUAUGAGUCACCUAAAUAUGUAGUUAUAGCUUUCCAUGGGGCAAUUUUGCUUUCACAUGCAAUAAUAAACAGUCUUCCUAUCUCAAUAUUAUCGUUUUUUGGCCAGCUUGCUGCUCUGUGGAAUCUUUUAGGUGUUCUGAUUCUUAUGAUUCUGAUUCCCACUGUUGCAACGGAGAGGGCUAGUGCCAAGUUUGUUUUCACUCACUUUAACACUGAUAAUGGGGAGGGAAUCAGCAGUAAAGUCUAUAUAUUUGUUCUGGGACUUCUAAUGAGUCAGUAUACGCUUACUGGGUAUGAUGCCUCUGCUCAUAUGACAGAGGAAACCAAGCACGCAGAUAAGAAUGGACCAAAGGGCAUAAUUAGUUCCAUUGGCAUAUCUAUUAUUUUUGGCUGGGGUUACCUACUCGGUAUCACCUUUGCAGUUACCAACAUUCCGUACCUUUUGAGUGAAGACAACGAUGCUGGUGGCUAUGCCAUUGCUGAAAUCUUUUACCUGGCAUUCAAAAGCCGAUUUGGCAGUGGAGUUGGAGGAAUUCUGUGUCUGGGAGUGGUUGCUGUUGCUAUAUUUUUCUGUGGCAUGAGUUCUGUGACAAGCAACUCUAGGAUGGCGUAUGCAUUUUCAAGAGAUGGAGCUAUGCCGUUCUCUUCUGUUUGGCACAAAGUGAACAAACAGGAGGUCCCUAUAAACGCAGUUUGGCUCUCUGCUGUUAUAUCAUUUUGCAUGGCACUAACAUAUCUUGGAAGCACGGUGGCAUUUCAGGCCAUGGUCUCUAUUGCAACCAUUGGCUUGUACAUUGCUUAUGCCUUGCCCAUCUUCUUCAGGGUGACUUUGGCACGCAAAUCCUUCGUCCCUGGACCCUUCAACUUGGGUCGUUACGGCGUCCUGGUUGGUUGGGUUGCUGUCGUAUGGGUGGCAACCAUCUCGGUCCUCUUUUCAUUGCCUGUAGCCUACCCCAUUACCAGUGAGACGCUCAACUACACUCCUGUUGCAGUCGGUGGCUUGCUUCUUCUCACCGCUUCUUCUUGGAUCUUCAGUGCUCGCCACUGGUUUAAAGGUCCUAUAGCAAACAUAGAGAGCUGAUACGUCAUAGGUGUAGUGCUCAUUGAUUUUCAUUCUUUCCAGCAUAAUAGUAUAUGAUCUGUUUCUCAACCUUUAGCCUGUUUUUUUUUUCCAAGUAACUCUUACUUAAACUGGACCAUCCCAAGUCCCAAUACCAGUUCUACAACCACUACAUUAGCUAUGUUGCCAAUGGGGUUUUCACUUGUUGAACAUUGUAAAAACACGAGAACCAAAAAAUAAUGUUAGAACUUAAAUUGAUCUAAAUUCAAAUUCGACUUAUUUUAACCGCCA